UGGUGUCGACUGUAAGAAGAAAAAAGGAAGAGAGAAGGAGAAAAAGACGAGGAAUAACCGAGCCAGCCUGAGCGCGGACAGCGAAGGGGCGAAGCCAAGAAGGCACGAAAGCACCAGGCGUCGGGUUGCUGCGGCGGCGACGGUUACGCGACCGAGUGUUACGCAUGAUACUGCACAUCGAUACACCGUAUCACAGUGACUCGUGGGAUGAAGUUGUCUAUAUAGAGCGCGAACGGGAUCGGAAAAACGGAUAUCGCAGUCGGAUCUUCGUGACGAAGAGAGCGGCCCGAACGUAGGCGCGAGUUGGACGCGCCGACUUCUCGCACGAGCGACGACGCAUACGACGACGAACCGCGUGCCGGCACACAUUUACCUACGCGAGCACGAACAUUGGUUAUUGAAAAAAUGGCGGCCGACGUCCCGAUGCUAAAUAAGAACCGAAUGAUGGUGUUUAAGAACAAGGGCAAGGAUCAGGACGAGAUGAGAAGAAGACGCAAUGAAGUGACAGUAGAAUUACGUAAAAAUAAACGGGAAGAGACUUUACAGAAAAGAAGAAAUGUACCUAUAACAGAUUCAACAGAUGAAGAUGACAUUGAUAAACAUCUGACAAAGAUUGGUUUGGAGGACCUAGUAGCAAACGCAGCUAGUUCUGAUCCAGCAGUACGAUUACAAGCUGUACAGUCGGCAAGAAAAUUAUUAUCUUCAGAUCGUAAUCCACCUAUUGAUCCAUUAAUAGAAAGCGGUAUUUUACCAAUCUUAGUUAAUUGUCUUCGUGAAAACAACAGUGCAUCUUUGCAAUUUGAAGCAGCCUGGGCUUUAACAAAUAUUGCAAGUGGAACAUCAGUUCAAACACAGGCUGUAGUUAAUGCUGGUGCAGUUCCACUUUUCAUGGAUUUGUUGUCUUCAAAUCAACAAAAUGUAUGUGAACAAGCUGUGUGGGCCUUAGGUAACAUUAUUGGGGACGGUCCAGUACCUAGGGACUAUGUUAUCCAGCUUGGUGUUGUGACACCGUUGCUAACGUUUAUUAAGCCAGAUAUACCCAUUACAUUUCUACGUAAUGUAACUUGGGUUAUUGUAAACUUAUGUAGAAAUAAAGAUCCACCGCCACCGGUCGAAACCAUAAAGGAUAUUUUGCCUGCUCUGAAUGUGCUUAUUCAUCACAAUGAUAUUAAUAUUCUUGUUGACACGGUGUGGGCCUUGAGCUACUUGACUGACGGUGGCAACGAACAAAUUCAAAUGGUUAUAGAUAGCGGUGUCGUACCUCGUUUAAUACCGCUUUUAUCGCACAAAGAAGUCAAAGUGCAGACCGUUGCCUUGAGAGCGAUUGGAAAUAUCGUGACCGGCACGGACGAGCAGACGCAAAUCGUCUUGAAUUGCGACGCCCUCUCGCACUUCCCCAAUCUGUUGACUCAUCCGAAAGAGAAAAUCUGUAAAGAGGCGGUAUGGUUUCUGUCAAACAUUACCGCUGGCAAUCAGUCGCAGGUCCAAGCUGUUAUAGAUGCCGGACUUCUACCACUUAUUAUCCGUAAUUUAGCAAAAGGAGAAUUUCAAACACAAAAAGAAGCUGCAUGGGCAAUUAGUAAUCUUACAAUAAGUGGUAAUAGAGAUCAGGUUGCACGACUUAUACAGGAAGGAGUGAUCGCUCCAUUCUGCGAUCUUUUGUCUUGUAAAGAUACUCAAGUUGUACAGGUGGUGUUGGACGGUAUACAUAAUAUGCUGAAACUUGCUGGACAACAAGUUGAGCAAUUGGCGAACAUGAUUGAAGAAUGCUCCGGCUUGGACAAGAUUGAGGCGUUGCAAAAUCAUGAGAAUGUAGAAAUCUACAAAUUAGCGUACGACAUCAUCGAACAAUACUUUUCGGAGGAGGCGGAUGAUACACCACUGACAUCGCACGAAGGAGCUUUCGAAUUCGAUCAGACGAAUAGUAUUCCGAGCGGAGGUUUCAAAUUCUGAGAGGGCCUCCACUUGCUUAUCCGAUCGUGCCGUCCCCCCGACAAGCUCCAACGCGGAGCCAUUCUUGCUUUAUCUUUCCUAUUUCUACAUCUCCUUUCACUACUCGAAUGAAAGCAUGGCAAUAUAAAUUUAUGAUUGGUGAACAACAACAAUUGUUGCGUUUGUUAAUCUAAACGUAUGAUCUAUCAACUUAUUUCCGUAUACAGAGAAAAUUGCACAAAUUGCUCUUUACGGAAUGGAGAAAAGGUUGAUAAUCGUAUAGUGUACAUCUGUAUACUGUUUUUUUUCUCGUAUAAAAUGUAUAUGUUACCCCCUUUGUUUCUUUUAUAAUAUAUGAUAAACGUAUUAGCGGAGUCUUUAGCCGAGCGCAGCUAGCUCCUGCGGAUAAAUUAUUCUAGUGAGAUUGUACCCACACACUGAGAUGCACAGGGAACGAAAAGAAGAAAAAGUCUUUCUAUUGCUUGAUUGUGCUGCUCUCCACUCUAACUCAGGACGAGUCUUGGUUAGCGAUAUUACUUUUAUAAAAUAAUUCGUGUAUAUUUUAGGCAUGUUAAAUUUAUAAUGAUAUUGAUUAAUAAAUGAAUCAAUUGACUACUCUGCUAGCAUAA